GAAGAAGACGAGCGUGAAGAAGAAUACCGUUCAGGGGACCAUAGACACAAGUCAUUUGCUCCUGUGCGCCACGAAGCAGAAGUAAAAUACUUUGUUGAUGGUCACGACUACUGCUGGGCCGUAUCUGAAGCUAUUGAGAAUGCAAAGACCUGUAUUUUUAUUGAGGACUGGUGGCUGACUCCAGAAUUGUAUCUCCGAAGACCCCCAGCCAAGUACGACCAUUUUAGAAUUGAUCAACUACUGAGACGUAAAGCUGAAGAAGGUGUCAAGAUUUAUGUGGUUGUGUACAAGGAAUUUGGUACAACCAUGCCUCUCGACAGUCGUCAUACAAAAGAUGCUCUUCAGACCCAGCAUGAGAAUAUCAUAGUCCAAAGACAUCCUGAUCAUGCUGUUGGUGGAACGUUCUUUUGGUCUCAUCAUGAAAAAUUUGUGGUUAUUGAUAAUGCAAUCGCAUUUCUGGGAGGAUUGGAUCUUUGCUUUGGUCGAUGGGAUACACACACUCAUCGUUUAGCUGAUUUCCACAGCCCUGAACCAGGCAUGGAGAUAUUCCCAGGUCAAGACUAUAGUGAUGCCCGACAUAUAGUGAAAUCAUGGGAUAUGCGCUUGAUUGACAAGACGGUUGUGCCUCGGAUGCCAUGGCAUGAUAUUUCUCUCUGUGUGAUGGGUCAACCUGUGCUGGAUGUUGCUCGCCAUUUCUGUGAACGUUGGAACUAUGUCAAGUACUCUAAAGCAAACACAAAGAAGAGUAUGCCCUGGCUCAAGCCUCCGCUCGGUUCAUGCCGUGCACAGGUUCUUCGGUCUAGUGCUGAUUGGAGUUCAGGAAUCAAAUUAGAGUGUUCAAUUCAAACAGCUUAUAUUGAUGCAAUCAAAACUGCCCAGCACUGUGUUUAUAUCGAGAACCAGUUUUUCACCAUCGUAGAGCGCAUUAUCCGCGCACACGAAGAACGCCAGAAAUUCAAAAUCUAUGUCUUGAUUCCCUUGAUGCCUGCCUUCCCUGCUGAUCUUAUUACCAAGGCUGCUGCCUCAGCAAAAAUGGUUAUGCAUUUCCAGUAUAUUUCCAUUUGUCGUGGUAGCCGGUCAAUUCUUGAGAAACUCAAGGCUGCCGGUAUCUCCAACCCCGAUGAGUACAUCCGGUUCUACAGUCUCCGAAGUUACGAUCGUAUCAACCGUAACAAACUCGAGGAAAUGUUGGCCCGUGCUGCUGGAUACUCACCCCGCGACCAACAGCUGGCCGAAGCUGGUCAGUCAGUCAAUGCACAGAGGGGAAUGUUCUUCCAUAAACCGAACCAGCCCGGAGAGGAGGUCAGGGUCCCUAGUUUCGAGGAGGCGGCUGCCCUGAGAGAAAAAUAUAAACGCGAUGCCGAAACUGUGUUCAAGGUCGAUGACUGUAUUGCAUCGGAUUCAAUUGCCCACAAUGCCAUGGCUGGUGGUGAUGUCGAAAGCGAGCCUUGGGUAACCGACACUGCAUUUGAGGCCACUCGUGAUGAGUAUUCUGAACGGGAAGAAGCAAUGGCAUACGUAUCAGAAGAGCUUUAUAUCCACGCCAAACUUAUGAUUGUAGAUGAUCGUCUUGUUAUUAUGGGAUCAGCAAAUAUCAAUGAUCGUUCUCAAUGUGGUGAGCGAGACUCUGAAAUUGCACUUCUUGUCGAAGAUCAAGACAUGAUUCCAUCCAUGAUGAAUGGUCGCCCGUAUGAUGCGGCUCGAUUUGCUGCUACAUUACGUCGUCAAUUGUGGAAGGAGCAUUUGGGUCUAUUGGAAGAUCAACCUUUGGAUGUUUUGAAUGAUGCAAUGCUGCCUUUGCCUGUGCCUCAGAUCGAUUACACUGACACUGAGGAGGAUAUUCUGGUCCAAGAUCCGCUUUCUGAAGAGAGCCUUGAUUUAUGGAAUUCUACUGCCAGUAUUAACACAGAGGCAUUUAGAGCUGUGUUCAAUUGCGUGCCUGAAGAAAGUGUGAACAAUUGGGAGGAAUACAAGCAAUUCUACCCUGACCCUGAGAAAAUCAACAUUGGCCAUAUCAGUAACCCCAACAUGCCUGUAGAUGAGAUUAGAGGUCAUCUCUCCAAGAUCCGUGGACACUUGGUCGAAUUCCCUUAUGGCUUCCUAAAGGAUGUUGA